AUCAAGCGAUGACUUGUCGCGGCCGAAGUGGAACAGACCCUCCACCACUCACGUCAUCUGAAACACCAGCCGAUCCGCCAUUCCCAAAUCAGCACGGACAAAACGCCAGCAGAGCCGAAUUGAUUAACGGCCCUGACGAUCACCGUCUCUCCGUUCUAUAAGCGGAUAUACAGUGGAUUUCCUUCCCUAUACGAAACAGACUCCCCUCAAUCCUCAAGGAGCUUCUCAUUUUAGAAACGGAGGAUGGUCCGAUUGCAAAGAUCCCGGAUCAGGGUUCUAUAAGAAGAGGCAGGUUGGCGCAGGAAGCAUGAGAUUCAGAGCCAGGCGACUCGACACCACCACAGAACCAAGAUGAAGCUUUCCCACAUGCUCCUCAGCCUCGCCAGCCUGGCGCUGGCGACGGCUCUUCCCCGGACGCCGAACCACAACGCGGCCACCACCGCCUUCCCCAGCACCUCGGGGCUGCACUUCACGAUUGACGGCAAGACGGGCUACUUUGCCGGGACCAACUCGUACUGGAUCGGGUUCCUGACCAACAACGACGACGUGGACCUCGUCAUGAGCCAGCUGGCGGCAUCCGACCUCAAGAUCCUGCGGGUCUGGGGGUUCAACGACGUCAACACCAAGCCCACCGACGGGACGGUGUGGUACCAGCUGCACGCGAACGGCACCUCGACCAUCAACACGGGCGCGGACGGGCUCCAGCGCCUCGACUACGUGGUGACCUCGGCCGAGAAGUACGGCGUCAAGCUGAUCAUCAACUUCGUCAACGAGUGGACCGACUACGGCGGCAUGCAGGCCUACGUCACGGCGUACGGCGCCGCCGCCCAGACGGACUUCUACACCAACACCGCCAUCCAGGCCGCCUACAAGAACUACAUCAAGGCGGUCGUCUCGCGGUACAGCAGCUCCGCCGCCAUCUUCGCCUGGGAGCUGGCCAACGAGCCCCGCUGCCAGGGCUGCGAUACCUCGGUCCUGUACAACUGGAUCUCGGACACGUCCAAGUAUAUCAAGUCGCUGGACUCCAAGCACCUGGUCACGAUUGGCGAUGAGGGCUUCGGUCUCGAUGUCGACUCCGACGGCAGCUACCCCUACACCUACGGCGAGGGAUUGAACUUCACCAAGAACCUGGGCAUCUCGACCAUCGACUUCGGUACUCUGCAUCUGUACCCCGAUAGCUGUAUGUUCUUCCCAAGGUUUCCGUAUGACGUAUAAGAAGUCAAUGGAACUAACAUUGUUG